CUCCACACUCCUUCCCUUCUCAUGUCGCUGCGCGUCGCCGUCGUCGGCAGUGGGCCGUCGGCCUUCUAUGCCGCCGCUCGCCUGCUCGGCUCCAGCGCCAACGUGCAGGUCGACAUGUACGAGCGGCUGCCUACGCCGCACGGCCUCGUGCGCUGGGGCGUGGCGCCCGAUCAUCCCGACGUCAAGAACGUAGAGCAUCGCUUUGCAGAGGUAGCAAGGGACCCGCGCUUCCGCUUCUUCGGCAACGUCAACGUCGUCGCCGCGCACGCCGAGGCGUCGACGUCGGCGCAGCAGCUCGACUAUCCGCAUGCGCUGCCGCUGCCGCUGGCGUCGCUCAAGCAGCACUACUCUGCGCUGCUGCUCGCCUACGGCUCCACGCUGGCGCGCCCGCUCGGCGUGCCUGGUGCUGCACCGGGCGAGCUGAGCGGCGUGCAUAGCUCGCUGGACUUUGUGCACUGGUACAACGGCCAUCCUACGGCGCACGACGCAGCGCUGCUCGCGCGGGCGCCCUGGCGCAGGGUGGACCUCUCAAGCACACGCAACGUCGCCGUCAUUGGCGCAGGAAAUGUGGCGCUCGAUGUAGCGCGGCUGAUUCUGCGGGCGCCUACGGCGCUGGAUCCAUCGAGCCCCUCGACGUCGAGCGGGGCAAAGGGCCUGGCAGCACUGCGCACCAGCGACAUACCCGAGCCGGUGCUGGAGCACCUCUCGCGCGCCCGCGUCGAGCAUGUGGGCAUCUUUGCGCGCCGAGGCGCGGCACAGCUGGCGUGCACGACAAAGGAGCUGCGCGAGAUGCUCACGCUGCCGGGCUCGCGCUUCCGGGCGAUCGCAGAGCAGGACCUGGCAGUCGCAAAGGAGGAUCUGAAGGCGCUGGAAGCGGCAGCAGCAUCAGAUCCCGAACGAGCCACCGAGGCGCGCGUGCGGAAACGCAUGCUGGCGCUGCUCGAGAAGCACAGCAAUGAGGCGAUGCCGCUUGAGCAAGGCACGCCAAGCUGGGGCUUCAACUUCUUCCACCGCCCGCAAGAGCUGCGCCCUGCCUCGUCGGAUGCCGCUCGCGUCGGCUCGGCGCGGUGGCAAGUCGGCAAGUCCGAGACGUCAGAGACGCCGGCGGACACUGUCGUGUCGAGCGUCGGCUAUCUAGGCGCGCCUCUUGCGGGCUCUGAGCUAGCAAGCGACGCUGCUAUGCCGUGGGAUGCCUCGCGCGGAGUGGUGCCGAAUGAAGGCGGCCGAGUACGAGGAAUGCCGGGCAUGUACGUCUCUGGCUGGCUAGCUCGCGGCCCAGUCGGCGUCAUCGCGUCGACGAUGUUCGACGCCAACUCGGUGGCCGAUCUUUUGCUAGCGGACUGGGCCGCUCAGUCCGAGCACUCGGCGGCGCGGGGCCUGCUGCAAGACGUGCCUGCGCCAGCAGACGGCGUGCCGCAUGAGCUGCGAGCGCCCACAAAGCCCGUCGUGUCGUGGGCGGGCUGGGAGCGCCUGGACCGCGAGGAACUGAGGAGAGGCAAGGAGCUCGGCAAGCUUCGAGAGAAGGUGCUGUCCGUUGAGGAGAUGCUGCAGAUCGCAGCUUAGAGCUGGCUGCUGCGCAUGCUGCGCUUCGCGACCUCCUCGUGUCUACUGCUGCCGGCUUGCAAUGCACGUCACCACUGCCGCACAGCUGUCC